ACCGGAAGUUUAUGGUAAGUCCGCGUUGUUGAACUUAAACACGUCGUUUUCGCAGCUGUGACUCUGGACGCAGACAUGUCUGAAGCUCAGAUGUCCCCCGACGAGGCGUUAGGUCUGUUUGAAGAAGGAGCCACGUUGGUUCUCCUCGGCGUUCCUGAAGGAACCGAGCUGGGUCUGGACUAUAAGACCUGGGGGGUGGGUCCGCGUUUCCGUGGCAUUAAGAUGAUCCCUCCUGGAAUCCACUUCCUCCAUUACAGCGCGGCGAACUCCAUCAGUCAUGGAGGAGAACUGGGACCUAAACAGGGCAGGUUUCUGUUCCUGAAGGCUCGCCAGGUCCUUCUGGCUCAUUGGGACACGAACGAGGAGGACUUGGACUUUUCGGCGUCCGAUAACGAGGACGAGGUUUUGCGUGUGAGAGCCGGCCUCCGGGAGCUGGACUCAUACCUGGGUCCGUAUCCGUACGACACGCUGAGGAAGUGGGUGUCUCUGACGGAUAAACUGAGCCAGGAAGUGGCGAGCGCUCUACAGCCUCUGAGCGGACGAGUGUGUUCCUUCAGCGACGUGAUUCCCGAGCUGCAGCUCACACACACCAAGGACAGAACCGAGCAGAACCUGCCGCGGAACGACACGCUCUGCCAGAGCAUGAAGGAAGGACUGGACAGACUUCCGCGCAUGAAGCAAAGGGAAGGAACGGAAUUCCGGUUCUCCAACAUCCCUCAACACGCUUAUCCUCCGGGAGCCACGCCUGCUCAGAUCACGCAGUGCAGCAUGGACCUGAGCUACGGCCUCAACAUCCUGCUCGAGAACCACCACAAGGAACAGCCGCUCAACGUUCUCGGAGAGCUGCAGUUCGCCUUCGUGUGUUUCCUCAUCGGGAACGUGUAUGACGCGUUUGAACACUGGAAGCAACUUCUGCUUCUCCUCUGCAGGAGUGAGGAGGCCAUGAGGGAACGCCCGGAUCUCUACCUAGGCCUCAUCAGCGUCCUGUACCACCAGCUCGGAGAAAUCCCUCCCGACUUCUUCGUCGAUAUCGUGUCCCAGAACAACUUCCUAACCUCCACGUUACAGGAUUUCUUCCAGUUUGCUGGUUCUCCGGGCGUCGCCACGACUCUACGCAAAAGAGCUGAGAAGUUCAAAGCUCACCUGACCAAGAAGUUCCGCUGGGAUUUCGACGUGGACCUGGACGAGUGCGCACCGGUGGUGGUGGAGCUUCCUGAAGGAGUCACUCUGGACUGACUUCUGGAAAAUUCCACAAAAAAAAAGAGACAAUAAAGUGCUUCAGUUCCUGCUGAGGAGAAGAUGAAGGUUCCUGGAUGGACAUGACUGAUCUUUAAUGCCUUUAUCUACAUUCAAAUAAAAUUCCACUUGACACAUUC